UGUUUCUGCCAAACCGCUUGAUAUAAACGCAGAGUCCCCAAAACCCUUUCAAUUCAUUGAUCUCUCUGCUUCCAAUUUCUUCACUCUGCUUCUUCAAUCUUCAACUUUCAAUCUUCAUUUCCGUUCCAAAAUGUCUUCCUUCAGGAGCAAGUACCAGGAUGAACUCAUUGCCAAUGCUGCCUACAUUGGCACUCCUGGGAAGGGUAUCCUUGCUGCUGAUGAGUCAACUGGUACCAUUGGCAAACGUCUAGCGAGUAUCAAUGUUGAGAAUGUUGAGUCCAACCGACGUGCACUCAGGGAACUGCUCUUCCUCACUCCUGGUGCCCUUCAAUAUCUUAGUGGAGUUAUCCUGUUUGAGGAGACUCUCUACCAAAAAACAGCUGCAGGUAAGCCGUUUGUUGAUGUUUUGAAGGAAGGUGGUGUGUUGCCUGGCAUUAAGGUUGACAAGGGUACUGUUGAACUUGCUGGUACUAAUGGUGAGACAACCACACAGGGUCUUGAUAGCCUUGCUCAACGCUGCCAAAAGUACUAUGAAGCCGGUGCUAGGUUCGCCAAAUGGCGUGCCGUGCUCAAGAUUGGUCCUACUGAGCCUUCGCAAUUGUCUAUCAAUGAGAAUGCUUAUGGACUGGCUCGAUAUGCUGCUAUCUGCCAGGAGAAUGGUCUUGUUCCCAUUGUUGAGCCUGAGAUUCUGGUUGAUGGUUCUCACAGCAUCGACAAAUGUGCUGAGGUGACCGAGCGGGUUCUUGCUGCGUGCUACAAGGCCCUCAAUGAUCACCACGUCCUCCUCGAAGGAACUCUAUUGAAGCCGAACAUGGUUACCCCUGGAUCUGAAGCUGCCAAGGUUGCUCCAGAAGUGGUUGCUGAGUACACUGUUCGGGCUCUACAACGUACCGUCCCUGCUGCAGUUCCUGCCAUUGUUUUCUUGUCAGGCGGGCAGAGCGAGGAGGAAGCAACCCUCAACCUCAAUGCCAUGAACAAGCUGAAGGGAAAGAAGCCAUGGUCGCUGUCUUUCUCGUUUGGACGUGCCCUUCAGCAGAGUACUCUCAAAGCAUGGGCAGGAAAGGAGGAGAAUGUUGAGAAGGCAAGGGCUGCUUUCCUCACAAGGUGCAAGGCGAACUCGGAGGCGACACUCGGAACAUACAAGGGCGAUGCGGAGCUCAGCGAGGGUGCAGCAGAGAGUCUUCAUGUCAAGGAUUACACAUACUAAAAAUGGUUAUUGUGAUGUUCUGUGGUUAUAUUAUGUUUUGGUGUAGCUUGUUUAAGCGCAAGGUUAGAGCAUUUCGAGAUGUGUUGAUGAUAUUCAGGGACAACAAUAAGCCUCUUUCGAAGAUCUUUCUUUUUUGUUGGGAUUGUUGAGUGAGUUGUUUUGGUUCUCUCUUUCAGUUGUAAAACAAAACAAGAGAAAACAAGGAUUUAUCUAUCUUUACAUUGAAUUUUACCCUUUUUAUUUGUGUUA